AUCCCUAAGGUUCCUACUGAAGGGAAGACAUUUAACUACGGUUCAUUUGACGCAGCACUUCCAACAUGAAGACGAGCGUCUGUUUGGCUGUGAUCUGUGUCUUGGCAGCGUUUGCCCUGUCAGUUGAAGCACGACACCCGAAAAAAUGUUAUGAGACGUAUAUACAGAGGAUAACUGUACCACAGCUCGUGACAUACAGGCUCUUCAUUUGGGGCAGAUGGUUCACCUUUAGGCAAUACGUAUUUACAACAAGACUAGUGACCAGGAGCCGUGAAAUACCUUGCCCGGUUAAUUGUCAGUGGGACGACUGGAAACCAAACGGAGAAUGGGGCAUUUGUUCCGUGACAUGCGGCAAAGGGUUAGAGGAGCAACUAUUGACACGCAAGAUUAAGAUCGCGGCUAAAUAUGGAGGGAAACCAUGUGAAGGACCUAAUCAAAAGCUUGACUAUCGAUCCUGUGAUAUGUUGGAUUGUCCAAGCACUAUUUGUAAGGAGAAAAAGAAUGGCCAUCAUGCUCAUCUCCAAAUAUGCGCUAAGCAUAUACACUGUGAGAAUGGCAAGGCUCACGUGAAGAAGUGCGCGGAAGGAACGGCAUGGGACAGGGACAGCAUGGCCGAUAACAAAUGUACAAGUGAAGGUCUCGAUAAGUGUGAUGGUAUCGCGUGUAUUCGCGGGAUGAUUUACCCUGAUCAGAGGGAUUGUAGGUUGUACCACAAGUGCGACCACAACCGACUGCACCAGAAGAAAUGCCCAGAGACUGAACCCUACUUUGAUAUGCAGUUGAGUACGUGCACAGCUAGGAGAGAUGCAUGUGGCAAGCCAGGAAAACCAAUUGAAGUAUUGGAAUGUGAUGACCAAUUUGGCAAUAUCACGGACAGGGCACAUUGUAACAAGUUUUUCCAAUGCGUUCACGGAAAGCCUGUGAGUCAGCUUUGCCCACCUGGUACACUGUUCGACCCUAGCAGACAACUUUGCGACCACAAAAGCAGUGUGACUUGUAUUAACGAAGACGAAGAGGACGAGGAAGAGGAAAAACCAGAACCAGAGAUCUGCCUAAACGGGGAAUUCACCACGGAUAGCGAUGACUUCAAUGUCUACUACCAGUGCGUACAUGGCAAGAAAGUGGAGCAAAAAUGUCCAGCAGGUCUCAUCUUCGACGUCGCCCUUAAGGUGUGCAAUUAUCCGUAGCAAGUACGUCAGUGACGUCAUGGAUCAACAUAUCUGCUCUAUUCACUUUGAACUCUAUGUCCCUCUUUUUGCGUGCUUUUAAAGCGUCUUCCUGUUUGGAACUAGUAACAAGUCGAGAAUACCAUCAUGAUUUCUGUACAUGCUUGUCAUUUGAAAGUAUAUCUUCCAAUACGAUCCACAAGGUACCAACGAACGCGAUUGUUUUUCCCUGGAGAUUUAGAUGAAUUUCAUAAUACUGUUGGAAUAUAAUUUGAUGUCUAUUUUUGGAAGGAUAACAAAGUCGGGAAAAGAAAGACAUUAUACAUAUUAAUUAUGGAGUAUUUCAUCGUUUGAUUCCAUCCUUUACGAUUCUCCAUAACAUUUAUAGAUGUUUAAUCCAACCAGGAUGCGUUAGUCUGUUUUCUUGUUUUAUAUGAUUGUUGUAACAUGUUCUUUAUUCUGCUUUUUUUCCAAUAAAUUUCUUGCAUUUGA